AUGCGGCAAAAAAGUAACGGUCGCGCGAAUUCCACACCUCCCACGCGGCCCACGCCUGUCCCCGGGCUUAUUGCGGCGAUGACAGCUGCCCAGAUCUCAUCCGUUGUUGGCAGCACAUUCCUCCAGAGAAGAGGUUUCGCCACUCCCGCCGACGAGAAGGAUCUCAUUGUCAUCGGUGGAGGACCGGCUGGUUACGUUGCGGCCAUCAAAGGUGCCCAGGAAGGUCUCAAGGUAACAUGCAUCGAGAAGCGUGGCUCACUGGGAGGAACUUGUCUCAAUGUCGGCUGCAUUCCAUCAAAAUCGCUCCUCAACAACUCACACCUCUUCCAUCAAGCCAAGCAUGACUUUGCGAACCGAGGAAUUGACGGCGGUGAGAACAUAACUCUCAACCUGGAGAAAAUGAUGAAGGCCAAAGAUACCUCCGUUACUGGCCUGACCAAGGGCAUUGAAUUUCUGUUCAAGAAGAACAACGUCGAAUACGUCAAAGGCGCGGGAUCUUUCGCGGAUGAGAACACUAUUUCCGUCAAGCUGAACGACGGCAGCGAGACCACUCUCCGUGCCAAAAACAUCAUCAUUGCGACUGGAUCAGAACCUACACCUUUCCCUGGCCUCGAGGUCGACGAGAAGAAGAUUGUCACUUCUACUGGUGCCAUUGCAUUGAAGGAGGUCCCCAAAAAGAUGAUUGUCAUCGGAGGUGGUGUCAUUGGUCUCGAGAUGGGUAGUGUAUGGAGCCGUCUCGGUGCGGAGGUUACUGUGGUGGAGUUCUUGGGUGCCAUCGGUGGACCCGGUAUGGACAUGGAAGUCGCCAAGCAGACACAGAAGAUUCUCCAGAAGCAGGGUCUGAAAUUCAAGCUCAAGACCAAGGUCGUGACUGGUGAUGCCAGCGGCGAGGGAGUCAAGUUGGAGGUCGAGGCUGCAGACGGAGGCAAGCAGGAGACGCUCGAAGCCGACGUCGUCCUCGUCGCCAUCGGUCGCCGACCCUACACCUCUGGCCUCAACCUCGAACAAAUCGGCCUCGAGACCGACAAACGCGGCCGCCUCGUGAUCGACUCCCAAUACCGCACCAAGAUCCCGCACAUCCGCGUCAUCGGCGACUGCACCUUUGGACCUAUGCUCGCCCACAAAGCCGAAGACGAAGGCCUCGCUGCCGUCGAAUACAUCACCAAGGACUACGGCCACGUCAACUACGGCGCGAUCCCAGCCGUGAUGUACUCACACCCGGAGGUCGCCUGGGUCGGCCAAUCGGAGCAGGAGCUCAAAGAAGCCGGGAUCAACUACAAGAGCGGCAGCUUCCCCUUCAGCGCCAAUAGCCGCGCUAAGACCAACCUCGACUCCGACGGCUUCGUCAAAUUCCUCGCGGACGCCGAAACCGACCGCAUCCUGGGCAUCCACAUCAUUGGCCCCAACGCCGGCGAGAUGAUCGCCGAGGCGACCCUCGCCCUCGAAUACGGCGCUUCCACCGAGGACAUCUGGCGGACGUGCCAUGCCCAUCCUACCCUCUCCGAGGCAUUCCGGGAGGGCGCAAUGGCGGUCUCGUCCAAGGCGAUUCACGCGUAG